AUGGCGGACGUGUGGAACAGUAAUUCGUUCUCCCCAAACUAAAUAUUAUUCUAGGCUCAUUCAGCCGUUAUAUUUGACCCUUCACAUCAAGGACAGGUCAUUAAAACCCGCAUAGGCAUUUGAAAUGGCUUUUUGUAUGAUUUUGCUUAUUUUGUAUGGAUUUUCUGGGGUAUUUUUCGAGCCGGCUUCUGCGAAAGUCAUUAGUGGAGUUUUGAGUUCCAGACAAGCUCGCUUUUAUGGCGGCCAGUUUAUCACGAAAUUCUGCUUUCAUGGUGAGGGUAUGUUUAAGUACACUCUCAACGCCUCUUCAACUGGUCGGCUUUACUUCUACAUUGAAGAGAAAUGGCUUAACUUAAUGACAAUAAAUACUUGCAAAGAGAAGCUGGCCAUGGCCCAAUAUACUCAUCAGCUUACUGAGUUGUCAGGAGAGAUGAAGUUUGAGCAAUGGACUGAUCCCUAUAUAUGGUAUAUCGUCUAUGCCGACGAUGUGUCAUGUGAUCCAAGCCAAAAGGUUCACCAUGAUGUUCAGUAUACACUAGAACUAUACAACCCAGACUCUAAGGGCAAUCCACAAAACCACUUCAGCUAUGACGAGACAGGGCUGCUGUCCUUCUAUGAGUUACUGGGCUUCCUGUACUUUGCUGGCACAGUUAUUUAUGGUCAGCGACUAUGGCAGACAAUUCAGAAAGGAGGACCAAUGCAUUUGGUAAUAAAGUUCCUGACUAAAGCACUAGUCUACCAUGGAUCAGCUGUUUGUUUCACAUUAAUUCAUUUAUUCAGGUAUUCAGGUGAUGGAAUUGGAUUCAUUUGGCUGCCAAGGUUUUCCAUAGUUUUAAAGGGUCUGGCUGAGUUUGAGAUGUUGUCAAUGAUGUCAAGGUUGUGUAUUGGAUACACACUCAGUGCCUCUCACUCUUCAGCAGAUCCACAAAUCAUUAGCAAAGUGAAUACAGGUGUCGUAGCUGUUAGUAUAAUAAAGGUCAUUAUAGAAAUAUUAUCAUUGAACAUCACUGGAUUGCUAGUUCAACUGGUGCUAGCAGGAGGAUUUAGUUAUAUUAUCAGCAAGAAAAUUAUAGAUGAAAGAAGUACACUCCGUAGAGAAUUUUAUAGUAAAUUUAUGAAGGGAUGCUUGCUUUGGCUACUUGCAGCUCCAUUCCUAGCACUUUUAAUCCUAUUCCUUCCUGCUUACCUAAGAUACAAGAUUUCAAUCUGGGGUCUAUUGACAGCACAGACUGCGUCUAUAUUAUGGCUGUACAAUCUGUUUCUGUCACGUAGUCUCUACUGGGAAGUAUCAUCACUAUCAGCUUCUACAUUACCAUUACGGCAUGACAGAAACUUUGGAGGAAAAAGUUAUAAUUCUGAUAAACGACCUAUUGGAAUGCACAAAUCUGUUUCAAUUAGCCGCUAAGUUAGUGAUGUUUACUAAUAAGCACAUUUUAUGGUGAAACAAUUCUCUUCUUUUCUUUUCCGAAAUUGCACCUCUACAGUCAACUUUUGUUACAGCAGACACCCUCGAGACUGUCACUUUCUAUGGAAGAGUGUUUCCACAAUAGCAAGAGUUAAUUAUAAUCAUUUCUGUCGGUAUUUUCUGCCAGGGAUUUUGCUUCUGUUGACAAUAGCAAGGUGUCUGUAAGGCCAGAGUUGAAGUUCACUGUACCAUUUUAAUGCAAAAAUUAUUUACUUGGACAGUUUUAAGUUUGUUAGGUGGAAGCUAAACGGAGCAGGUUGGUAAAUAAUAAUAUUGUGUUGGGUAUACUGAUAAACACAGUGUAAUAUGUUUUAACAUGUUGAAAAGGGUUUUUCUGCAGUAAUCAUUACAAAAAGCUGUUGUUUUGUUGUCAGAUGUAUUUGAGGCUAAACUGUUAAGAUGAAACUAAAAUAUCAAUAUUAAGAAUAUAUAAUUAUUGUAAAGGUUAUGAAUUUGUAUUUAGAACUAAAGAAUUCAAUAAAUUUUCUAGAUUUGA